UUAAUAUAUCUGAUUAUAUUAGAACUUUUAACUUGUCCAAAAAAUAAGACAAUGAAGUAUUUAUUUAUAUUUUUCCUGGGCGUUAGUUUAGCAUUUGGUGUACAAGACAUUUCCGAUCGAAAAACUCUUGGAGCAAUAGAUAGAUCUCUUCCGACUCCAAGACAAUUAAAGAUAAUUGGAGGUGAUGAAGCCAAGCCCCAUUCAUUUCCAUUCAUGGUAGGACUUAUAAUAAACAGUAACAGUUUUUGUGGUGGCACAUUGAUUUCGGAAAACUAUGUCUUGACUGGAGCUCAUUGUGCCGUAGUAAUAAAAACAGUACAUGUGCUUCUUGGAGCGCACAACAUAUCAGCAGAAGAACCUACCCAAGUAACAAUUAAAGGAGAAAAAGUUACUGUGCACCCUAAAUUUGAUAUUGAAACUUUCCAAAACGAUAUCGCCUUGAUCAAGCUCUCUCAGCCAGUAAACCCAACUGAAUCCAUACAAAUUGUGAAUCUUCCUACAAGAUCUACAAAAGACAAUAAUUACUACGCAGCAUCAGUUUGCAGCCUGGGCUGGGGUUUGACUGAAGACAAAAGCCGAUCUUCCAUAGACGACAUUUCGCAAGUGCUUCGUUUCGUAAAUGUCACAAUUUUGGAUAUUUAUUCGUGUGGGGAAUAUUUUAAUACGGAAUCUAAGGAGUUUAUAAACGAAUCGAAUUUUUGCGUUUCUGGGCAUAAAAACAAAGGAACUUGUUCGGGAGAUUCAGGGGGACCUUUAAUGCAUGAAGAUGUUCAAAUAGGGAUUGUUUCUAUAGGUAGCACUUUCUGUGAAAUGUGCUAUCCCUCGGUUUUUACUAAUAUUGCUAAAUUUUUGGAUUGGAUACAAGAAAAUUCGGAUGUUAUCAUAUCUUAAAAAUUAUGUCAUUAUAUAUCAAUAUAAAAUAAAAUCAUUUCAUUAAUGUCAUUAUUGAUAGGGGUGUGAAUUUCCAUGCUUAACUUUAAUA